AAUGAACUACAACUCUUGGAACAACCGGGGGCGCGGGCGGUUCCGACGGCGGGCCGGUGGACCAAGGUUUGCUCGGCAACGGCGACGUAUCGUCGACCCCGAAGACUCGGACGGCAGUCAAGGCGACGACGGAACGGCAUUUUCUCCUCGAGUUGGCAACGACCUAAACCACCGUCGCCUAUCUGCGCAGCAGUCGACGCACCCGGGCUGGCAUUUGUACUUUCCAAACAAGGACUACCCUCCCGACGAGAGCGUCGCGCAGAGGCUUAAGCUUCUGGAGGCCUAUUUCGCCGAGCGGGUCUCUAAAUUCGUGGGACCCACAGGUGUUGUCGACCGUUCCCGGAGCUCGUACGAAGUUCGAAUCGACGAAAUUGCCGAAGAUGCUGGAGUCAAGGAAGAUUGGUCUGAUUUGAAAGAGUCCCUCAAGUGCCGCCCUCACGACGUUCUGAAACUCCUGGGCCUCGCAUUGCACCAGACACUGACUAAACAAGACCAAAAUCAAAUAGAUGUUGGCGCAGUCGACCCACUGCCUGAGUUGACGGUUCGCAUUGCUGGUUUCGGGCCGUUGACGCCGCUACGUGAUGUCCGCAGCAUGACCUGCGGUCGCAUGGUGGCCGUUCGUGGCACGGUAGUUCGCGCCAGUGAAGUGAAGCCUCAGUACAGGGCGAUUGGUUUCAGUUGCUCGGGUUGCGGGGCUGAGCAAUCUGUUGUGCAACCUGGUGGCUACUUCACGGCGCCCACCUGCUGCUCGGAGAGGGGUUGCCGAUCCAGGAUCUUCCAGGAGCAGGUGACAUCGCCCUUGACUCAGCUCGUCGAUUGGCAGUCGCUGAGACUUCAGGAGUCAGACGAAGGUACGGAAGGCGGUCGAAUACCACGCAUCAUUGACUGUGAACUGACCGAUGACCUGGUCGGGUCAGCCGUCCCUGGUGACAUGGUUACGGUGACGGGCGUUGUGGAGCUUGCACGCUGCGACAAUCCUUCAGGUUCUACCGGUCCCGUAGACUGUUACCUGGUGGCGAACCACAUUCUUGGCGAGCAACGCGAGCCGGCCGGGACUACAACUCCGUCAGGACCCGACCUCGGUCGUCAGGACUACUACGCCAUCGAGGCGAUCCAUGACAAGCCGGAUUUGUUUCGCCUCCUGGUGAACUCGCUAUGCCCUGCCAUUUACGGCCAUGAGAUCGUGAAGGCCGGCUUGUUGCUGGCUCUCUUUGGAGGAGUGAGGCGGUACUCAGAUGAUCCCGACCAUGUGCCCGUGCGUGGCGACCCGCACGUCUUGGUUGUGGGCGAUCCUGGGCUGGGAAAGAGCCAGCUUCUGCAUGCCUGCGCCAGAGUGGCACCCAGGGGAGUGUUUGUCUGCGGCAACACCGCCUCCAUAGCAGGCCUCACCGUCUCCGUCGGUCGCGGCUCGGCCGGCGAAGCCUCACUCGAGGCGGGGGCCCUGGUUCUCGCCGACAGGGGUUGCUGCUGCAUUGAUGAGCUGGACAAGAUGUCGACAGCGCAAGGGGCCCUGCUGGAGGCUAUGGAGCAGCAGUGCGUGAGCAUAGCCAAGGCUGAGCUGACCGUGUCGCUGCCCGCCAGGGCCGGCGUGCUGGCGGCCGCUAACCCCGUUGGAGGCCACUACAACCGGGCCAAAACGGUGGCCGAGAACCUGCGCAUGGGCAACGCACUGCUGUCGCGCUUCGAUCUAGUCUUUAUUUUGUUGGACCAGCCGAACGCAGAUCUCGACCGGCGUCUGUCCGAACACGUCAUGGCGAUGCAUCUGAAGAAGUCCAAUUCGCUUUCAUCCUGCCAGCAGCUGUUGGAGAGUGCAAGCGACACUCAGGUGUCGGCCAUCUUUCAGACGCCCGAGCCGUCGAACUCGCUCGCGCAACGUCUCCGUGGGCCCAUGUCGGAUCCCAUUCCAGCACCACUGCUGCGAAAGUACAUCACGUAUGCACGACAAUAUGUACAGCCAACUUUGAGUACCGAAUGCGCAGCACACUUGCAGAAGUUCUACCUGCAUCUGCGUGGCGUUCGGCAAGCGGACUCUGUGCCGAUCACAACACGCCAGCUUGAAUCCCUGAUACGGCUGACCCAGGCCAGGGCCCGCCUCGAACUUCGCGAAGAGUGCACGGCUCAGGACGCCCUGGACGUGAUAGAGCUCAUGAAGCACAGCAUUGCGGACACUCAGAGCGACGGAAUGGGAUCCGUCGACUUCAGGCGCUCACAGCACGGUUCUGGCAUGAGCAAGCCAGCUCAGGCCCGAGCGCUGGUGAGUGCACUCACCAAGGAAUCGCAGCGAACGGGCAACCGAAUCUUCACUACGAGUGAGUUGAGGACUGUGGCGGAGCACCGGUGCGGCAUACUGUCGUCGUCGGUGCGUGUCGUCGUGGACGCCUUGAACGACCAGGGCUUUCUUCUCAAGAAAGGCUCUGGCCGAUAUCAGUUGCAGACCACCGAUUUCUAGUGGGCACCAUCUAUUAAGCGUCUGAAGGUACGUGGCCACCUCUUCAGAAAUGUUUUUCAGUUUCUACCUUUAGAUGACUGCCUUGUGCCUAGCUUCAGAAGGACAGUUUUCAAGGAACCUUGAGAUUUGCUAUGCAUAAAAAAGUGAAACACAAGUGUAACCUAAACUAAACCUAUCAUGCCAGUAGCCAUAACUAUGGAUUUAACCGCACAAAAGAAAAAUGGCUUGGCAGCACUGUAGUUGUAUAUGCAGGCUUCACAAUGAGUUAGAAUAUCGAGCUAUCAUCAAUAUUAG